GUCCCAACAGCCUUGUUGCAAAUUGCAAUGGCGUUGGCGGGUGCUGGCACCGCAAUAGGUUCAAAUGUGAAUGGUUUCAUGCCUAUACACCACUUUGCGGACAUGCAGCCUGAGCCUGAUGCCACACUGCUGGGUCAGGGGUUCAUCCCGCCGGAUUUCAAUACGGGACGACUCAGGAUGCUCCUGGCCAGAUUGGCUAAACAGACCGAGAACAUGGAGAGAGCGGCGAACUGGGGCGAACAGGCCCUGGUAACAGCUGGAGCUUCUGCGGAGCAGGCAGCCCGACACGCUGAUCGGGCCUACCGAUUGCCGAUGGGAGAGCCAGGAACAGAAGCCAUGGGCGAGUUCGAAGGCUUCUUUCCUCCAAGGUGGUGGGCUACCUGGGGCAGAACGGCUAUGGGCAGCUGCGAGCAUCUUUUGCCGGCUGUGUGUGCAUUGGCAUUGGUGCAUGCAGAGACGCAAAGGUCAAGAAGGCCUUCGCGAAUGGUAAGGAUUGAUGUCCGAGGUGGCUUCCUUUGAUUGGACAGGUUAGCGUGCUUCAGCAAUGUAACGGGAGAAAA